UGGUACCAACUGACGGGGAGAAGCUGCUGGCAACAUCAGCUCAGCUGGAAAACACAAAGAAACAAAGGAAAAAACUAAUUAAAUAUACUUUACAUUUUUAAUUUCAUACAGCAGUGCUGAAAGGGACCGCUUUGUAGUACUAAACGAGUGAGCAGUUAGUUUGUUUAGACUUGCUAACUUAAUUGUGCUAGGUUCUUAGAGGCUUCACAUCUGUAAAUACGGUUUAGCUUUUUUAGCUAACAUCGAUAUACAAACACAAUGAACACCGAGGAGAAGGCAGACGCCCCCGUGGCAACCCCUCCAGAGGAUGAUGGCAUGACAUGGUGGUACCGAUGGCUCUGCAAAAUAGCUGGAGUUUUAGGAGGAGUAUCCUGUGCCGUGUCAGGAGUGUGGAACUGUGUUACUGUCAACCCUUUAAACAUCGCUGCUGGAGUAUGGAUGGUGUUGACUGCCUUUGUGCUGUUCCUGUGUGAAGUCCCAUUCUGUUGCCAGUUCAUAGAGUUUGCUAAUGCAAUAGCAGCCCGUGCAGACAAAUUCAAACCUUGGCAGAAAGCCUUCUUCUACUGCGGGUUGGCUCUGUUUCCCGUAUUCUUGAGUUUCUCCUUCACAACCUUGUUUGGAAAUGCCAUCGCCUUUGCUACAGGAGUUCUGUACGGCCUCGCAUCUUUGGGCAAAAAAGGAGAGGCGGUGACUUAUGCCAGACUGCAGCAUCAGAAAAUGGGGGAUGAAGAGAGGAUGACAGAAAAGGCAAACGGGGCUCCGGAGUGAGACAUCUGCGACCUCCUUUUACUUUCUUUAGUCCUUACUGCCUUCCAUCCAUCCAACGUCCUCUUCCAUGCUCCUCUGCUUGUUCCCAUUUCUGUCCCCCCAUACUUAUGGUACUGACUUUUUUUAUUUCCUUUAACUGCUGCAUUCUUAUCGUCCUGACCUGAAAGUAUCCUAACAGAUUGAUGUUGGAUUCAGUCCAGUAUUUGCUACCUGGCGUGUAAAUGGGAUCUCUCAUUGUGACUCGAUACCUUAGAUUGUACGUUUUGUUUUUAUGGUUUUUAUGAUUUAUUAUCUUAUCCUGGGUUGUGUAUAUUAUUUGUUACCCUUUGUUGUGUUAUGUUGUUUGUGUCAACCCUUUUUUCUGCAGGAAAAAUGUGAGGUACAUCUUUUUAGCCCAAAAGCCUUUCAGGAAAUCCCAAUAGGAGUCAAUGUGAUUGUAAAAUGUACAUAAUUGACUCGAUAUCAGCUCUUUUGUAGCUCUCAACUCAUUAUCAUUGCAAAGUUUUAGGCAGUGGAGUUUCCAAAGAGUUUAAUGUGAGCGCUGCAUUAUAUUUAAAUAAUGUAUUAUCAAGAAGUGAAUGUACUCAAAUUUAACAUUUGAAAAAUAGUGCUACAAAAGCUCUAUUUACAUUUAUGAUCUGAGGGCUUAUUAAAUUGUGUUUUAUCUGUAUUGAAAGAAACUGCAUUUUUUAAAUAAUUUGGACUUAAAGUUACAACCCCAGAUCUGUAAAUUCCCUUAAGUUUUUCCUUAAGUUUUUGCCUGUAUUUUAUCCAAUUGUUCCUUCAUUAGACUCCUUUUAACUAAGGAAAAUAGUAAGUAUUAAAAUAUGACAUCCAAAUACAAAAACAAAAGUCUGAAUUGCCGCCUAAAUGCAUUUUCAUACAUACAUAGGCAUUGGGGAUAUUUGUAACAUUGGGGAAUGUAUCUGGUAUACCCAAAGAUAAAGACAGUUAUUACUUAUAUAUAUUUUCUUCUCAGUUGUAUUUGGCUCAGCACAGACAUUUCUGCACUAAACCUUUGGAGGGAAUGAAUGCAAAAUGUUCAGUGCAUGUGUCACUUUGUUUCAUUAUAUUUCCUCAUGAACAAGCAGCCGGUAGCAAAGUUAUGGCUGCAGAUUCCGUGGUAAAUUUUGUAAUGGAAAAAGUGGAAUGUGCGCUAAUUUUAUUCUCUUUUUAAAACGUUGUUGCUACUGAAAAUAUUGUUUCCUUUUAAAUGAUGAGUCUUAAUUAGUACACAUCAACGAAGCCCAUGAAAUAUUCCCUAAGGGGAAGUGUCUCUAUGCAGGGACAAAUUGGUCAGUAUCCCACACUAUCACCAGAGCCAUGGUUUGCCUUUUGUCACUCAAAUGAGGUCUGCUGUGUUCAGCAAUGUACAAUUUGUGUUUGUGUUGUUUUGUUGCUUUCCCUCUGUUGUAUCAUAAUAACAAGGAUGCUUUGGGAAUAACUGUUUACCCGUACCUCUUACAGCUGUUUCUAUCCUAAGUCUUUGACUGGCUGCUCAGUGACUGAGUGGAUUAUUCACACAUUACCACCAGCUCUCAGGUGUCAUACUUCACAAUGCUCAGCGUACAGAUACAAUGUGGUUUAUGCAUAUGUAUAUGGUAACCAGCAUAAGCAUAACUACAAAAAUAACUAUAUAAUUUGAGCCAAUGAGAAAACUGUUGUGUUGCACAAAACUUGCACAAGUGAUUAAACACUACAACCACACCAGCAGUAUGUUACAGUCUGAGACUACACUCUUUUACACUACAGUUCUAAUAGGAUGUAAAAUAAAAAAACACUACUCUCUCGUCCAUAGCCAUCCAUCCAGUUUUAUUGUUUUUGCAGUGACAUGCAUCGAAGACUCCCUUGCUUUGAUUUAUUUUACAUCUUCAGGUGUUGAAUGCAUAUUUUUUGCUGUAAGGGAUAUGUGUAUAAUGAGUGUUGUGAUGUGAAUCACGAUCCCGUUCUCAAUUAGUAAAUUAAACAAACUUGCUACUACUA